AUGGUCGCAGCACCGGCAGCCGCUGCCCCAGCGGAUGCAGCCGUGCCAGAAACCACCCCGGCGGCAGUCGCGGCGGACGCCGCGCCAGGGGAUGCACAGGCUGCGCCAGCCCAGCCCGCGGCGCCCGCUGCCGCACCCGAGCAGGCUGCAGAUACCGCUGCGCCCAUGGAUCAGGAUCCUCCCCCAGCGGCCGAAACACCCGGCGUGCCUGCGCCACCGCCAGUGUCGCAGGAUGCGCCGCCCCCGCCUCCUCCAGAGCCACCAAAGGAGCUUGAAGAGAAUGCCACCGACAUCACAGGUAAAACGAUCUCCGCGCAGGUCGGCUUUAACACAGAGGACACGACGCUGAAUGUGGUGCCGGCACAUAGUGGAGCCCUCCUCAUGAUGCUGACGGAUGGUGGCAUGCAGUACCUCCUCGCCGGAGCUCGCGCGAACGUGGGCAUCAAGGCGGGGCGCUACCUCUUCGAAGUGAAGAUCUUGGAGGUCCUGGAUCCACAGGACUCCCAAGGCCCCCACGCGCGAGUGGUGCAGCCCAAGAACUUGCUGCGUCUAGGUUUCGCCACCAGCAGUUCCAGCUUACUGCUAGGCGAGACAGAGGAUUCGGUUUGCUUUGACUCGGAGGGCUUCUUCACGCAGAGCAAGACCCGCGUCCAGGCCACGCAGCGCUUUGGACGCGACCAGGUCCUUGGCUUGCUCCUGAACUUGGACGCGGGCAGCGCAAACGCCAACACGGUGAGCUUCUUCCGUGACGGCGUUCGGGUAUCCCAGCCGAUGCCUUUGCCAGAGGCGCUGAAGGGCAAGACGCUCUUCCCGGCGGUGACCUUCAGGAAUGUAACUUUGAGCUUCAACUUUGGGCCAACGCCGAAGGCCGAGCUGCCUUUCAAGUGCCACAUGCUCGGCAAAGCUGCUGAUCAGGACGUGGAAGUACUUCCUGGAAAGCAGCCGAAGGAUGGUAAGUUCGAGGUGAUUUUCCCGGUGCUCCUGCCGGAAGAAGGCUCCUUCGAUUGGGUGGACCUUUUCCUCCAGCAGCAUCCGGACUUCACAGAGCUUAGUGACCGAAUGAUCCUCGAUUGGUGCGAGAAGAGCGGCAUCCAGCGGAACCGUGGCUACCGGUGGAGGACAUCCAAUGAUCGUCCGGACAUGCAGAUGAAUGUGCCCGAGCUAGACAACCUGAGCAUCCGCAGAGCGCUAAGGAGCAUUGCGCCUGCGCAAAGAAGGAAUUUCUUGGUCGUCGAGCUGAAGUCGAACUUGCUGGCAGCGGAGCGCAAGGAGCUCAUAUCGCGCUUUGCGGCCCCUCACUUCAAGCGGCUGGCGCAGGUGAUGGUCGGCGAUCCGACAGCGGACUUCAAGAAGCGCACGCAGGAGCUCCUCUUGAAGCAAAAACAGGAGAAGGUGAAUGCCGAGUUCGAGCAGCAGCAGGCGGAGGAAAUCCGAAAACAUCUUGCCGACAAGCGAGAGAAGGAACUCCAGCGGGCGGCAAAGAAGGCGCUGAAAGAGGCGGCAGAGGCAGCGCGCCAGGCUGAAGUGGAGCGCCGCGCAGCAGCCGGCGAGGAGCCGCUCAAGGAUGAAGAGAUGAGGCCAGCUGAGGAAGCGGAUGAGCCGGAUCAGCCCAUGCCAGAUCCCGCUGAGGCCAAGCCACCGGCUGCCACUCUCACAGAGGCGGAGAUGAAAGUGGUCUUUCGACCAGCGGAGUCGCCAGAUGUGAGCGACUGGGUGCUUGCCAAGUGCUUGAAUGACUUGGCGCUACCGGAGAAAGCCGAGGGAUUCGACAAUGUGACCUACUCCUGGUCUGCGCGGGGGAAGGCAGAGGCUUACUUCAAGGAGUGGAAGCUUACGAAGAAGCUCACCACACGCGUCGACGAUCUCGUUGUGGGCGAGUGGCUGAACACGAAACUGGACGCAUGGAAGGAGAUUCUCAGCACCUGGCGACAGAGGCAGUCGAUCUGGAAGGCCGGCAGUGCCAAGAAGGAGAAGGCUCAGGAGGAGCCCGAACCCGAGGUUCCUGAAGUGCCCGUGUCUGAGGCCACCGUGGAGGAGGUGAAACCCGCGGAACCGAAGGACGAGCCGACGACGACUGGUGUGGCUGACGAGGACUUCGAUGUCUUCGGUGUUGCCGAUGUCCUGGAUGUGGGCAAUGGUGAGCCGCUCUGCAGCCAGUUCUCCUGGGAAGAUUGGAUCCUCCUCAGCCUGCGCGUGGAGCUGUAUCUCAUGGUCCACUCCUUUCGGAAGGAUUGCACCGACCCCGACCGUCCGGGAAUCCAUGUGGAUAACGUCCCCUUCUACUACAACAGGUAUUUCAGGAAGACGUUCGCGGCGAACCACUACGGCUUCGAAGCGAACGAGAAGGUGAUCGAUCUUGUCAAGGACACGGUGUCCCUGGGCGAGAGGAACAUGUUGACCCCAGAGCUCGGCGAGGAGCUGGAUAACUUCGACCUCUUCUUGAAGCUGACAGAAGAGGGCCGCCGAGAGCGGGAGCUGAACAUUGACCUGGGUGAAGAUGAGGCGAUCCUCAAGUUCAACCAAGCAGUUCUCAUGUCGCAACUGCCAAUCCCUGGUGGCUCGCAGAACAACAAAGGCUACCAAAAGGGCAAGGAGAAAGGCUACCAAGAUCAGAAGGUAGGUCGAGCCACGCGGAACUAA